CCUUGAAAAGAAAUAGGGAUAAAUCUAACAGCAGCAGCAGCAGCAGCAGCAUACCUACAUUUUAACAUCCAUCAGUCAAUCAAUCUAAUCAAUCAAUUGAAAUAUGUUUUCGUUGUUUAAAAAAUCACCACCAAAAGAAUUAGGACCGACGGGUGAGUUUUUCAAAAGAAGAGAUGCGUGGAGGAGGCACCCGAUGCUAAAUCAUCAAUUCCGUCACGCCACUCCUGGUCUCGGUAUCGCGCUUGUCGCCUUCGGUAUCUACGUCGUCGGCGAGAUGGCUUACGACAAGAUCUACGCCUCUCCUGCUUCUCACUCCACCUCACCUUCUGAGUCUCACCACUGAUUCAGGUGCUCUGAAGGAUGCAUGUGGUUUAUUGCUUGAUGUUUGCUCUUGAAUAAAAUCAUUUGUACAAGGAUUUGAUGCAACUAAAGUUGUCUUAUUUUAAGGGUUUUGUAAGAUACUUUGCUUCUUGUUUGAUGAUGAUGAUGAUACAUAUAUCGUUUGGUGUUCUUCCAA